UCCCCUUCCCCUCCCAAACAUCCCCAUUCCCAUUCCCAUUUCCCAUUUCCCACCUUCCGCCAUGGCCGCUCUCUCUCUCCUCUGCUUGUUCUCCUCUUUCUUCUCCCUCUUCCUCCUCUCUCACGCCCGCAUCCCCGGCGUCUACUCCGGCGGCCCCUGGCAGGACGCCCACGCCACCUUCUACGGCGGCAGCGACGCCUCCGGAACCAUGGGUGGUGCGUGUGGGUACGGGAAUCUCUACAGCCAGGGCUACGGAGUCAACACCGCCGCGCUCAGCACCGCUCUAUUCAACAAUGGCUUCAGCUGCGGCGCCUGCUUCGAGAUCAAGUGCGCUAAUGACCCCAACUGGUGCCAUCCCGGCAGCCCUUCCAUCUUCGUCACCGCCACCAAUUUCUGCCCUCCCAAUUUCGCCCUUCCCAACGACAAUGGCGGCUGGUGCAACCCUCCUCGCACUCACUUCGACCUCGCCAUGCCCAUGUUCCUCAAGAUCGCCGAAUACCGCGCCGGAAUCGUCCCCGUCGCUUACCGCCGAGUGGCAUGUAGGAAAGAAGGGGGAAUCAGGUUCACAAUCAACGGCUUCCGUUACUUCAACUUGGUUUUGAUCAGCAACGUGGCGGGUGCAGGGGACAUCGUGAGGGUGAGCGUGAAAGGAUCCAACACCGAGUGGAUGAGCAUGAGCCGUAACUGGGGGCAAAACUGGCAAUCCAACGCGGUUUUGGUGGGUCAGUCCCUCUCCUUCCGGGUCACGGGCAGUGACCGUCGCACCUCCACUUCAUGGAACGUGGCGCCAUCUAAUUGGCAGUUCGGGCAGACCUUCACGGGCAAGAAUUUCCGCGUCUGAAAUUCCCUCCCUUUUUUUCUCUCUUUUUUUGAAUAUUUUCCCACCCUCCUUUUCUUUCCCUCUUAUUUACCCGGGAAAUUUUGGAGUGGGGGGAGAGGUCAAAGUAAUUUUAAUAGGACGGUUAAAAUGAAAGUGUCUUUAGGGUAAAAAAUCAUAGCUCUAUUAAAAGUGGGUCUAAAUCUAAAUCGAAUCAUAGGUGUAGGGAAAGUUACUGGGGUGUGUGGUAACUUUUUACUUUUUUUUUUUCCCUCUUUUAUAUUGUUUUGGGUGUGCUUUUGGCGGUGGUGAAUUUAACAAUCACCGUGGUUAAAAAUGUAGCGGAGGCUGAAGCGGCUGCAAAUGGCAAAUGUGUAGCCCGCAGCUUUUUUAUUACUACAUACACAAACUAUUAUGUUAUAUGAAGCGCCUUUAAUGUUCUUAUUA